AUGCCGCCCUACGCUGCCGACCUCGAAACCUGGUGGUUAGGGAGUGGCUACGAUUUCAUCAAACACCUGAUCGACACCGUGACCAACGGCCUCGACCCUCGGCAGUGUGGGUUUGCGCAAGAGAUAAAAACACGACUGCUAUCAUUCGACAGCGAUCCAGAGAUCGCAGAACAAAUCAAGAAAGAUUGGCCAGCAAUUCAUGCGGCAAGAGGCGUCGACUACGAUGCAAACAGUCGUAAAUAUGCCAAGUACGUCGCUUCCACCAUCUUUCGGAAGCCCGAGAAUGGAGGUGUCAAUUUCGAUCUCGCAAUGAAUGGUCUGGGCUACCUCGAUGCAAUAGAAAUUCGCCGUCUUCGUAUCCUCGAAGCUGUAGAUGAGGCUAUUCAAGCUGCUCCACCGCAGGAAGACCGGUCCCCAAUGCUUCAAGAGAUUGAACGGACGUCCACCACCAACUUCAAAAAAUUGCAUGCAGGGCUUAGGACAUGCAUUCUUAUCGAGGAGCUGACCAAAGAUGUUAACCACAGAAAGGAGGCUGCUCAGAUCAUGGCACUACUCAACGCACUUGUGCCCUCAGCUGUAUUUUUGAGGGACACAGAUGAUGUAGACCCAACUCCACAUUCGUCAGGUGUCCGUGAUAGUGUUCGAUUCUCAGUUUUCGAACAUCUUAUUUCCAAGGAUUGCUUCACACAGGAACGACAGGAGUUUAUCCGGAUGAAGCUGCGUUUCUGGUGUGAUACCUCUAGUUAUGUAGAGGUUAGAGACGUCAUGUUGCGCUACUGUGAAGAGUUCAAGAAGGUGGAGGAGCUCUCCAUGAGGCUUUUGAACAAACUUGAGAAAAGAUCAGGUAACACGGUAUCUUAUCAUGCGGUCACUGCCGGGUCUCCUAUGAAAUCUAGCGUAGACACAUCAUGCAACUCUGGUCCACAGGCCAGUUCUUCUCAGCUUGAGAGCACUAUCCUUAUCCCGAACACCUCACUAGAAAAUCAAGGAUCUGCAAAACAGCCACUCGCGACGCCUCAACUCCCUCUGGCUUUCCAUCCCCUGCUGAGAGGCAUGCCUGGGCGAGAACUUAGCCCUGCAAAGACAGACAUUGCUCUGCUCGCUAGAGACAUGAGCCAACCGCCUAUUGCUUGUUAUCCUGACGAUCUGUCAAAAACCUUUUUUUACCAACACCCCCGCGCCAGGAAGCUCAAAAUGUCUACACAAGAACAGUCGACCCUUGGUCUUCUCUUGCCUGCAGAACUCGUCGAUCAGCGAGAUUACUAUGCACAAGUCUCCGACAAGCUCAAAAUGCACCACCCACCAGGCGCCUUGGACAAGAUCGAAAGCAAAAAGUACCGUCAGCCUGGUCUGCCAGAUAGCAAAAGAUUGGAAGAAAUGCAUUUUCAACCACGAGACGAAUGCAUGGCCAAUUCUAACAAAACUCAGUCAAGCCACGGAAAACGUCUACCGAUGUUUACAGGCAACAUCCCGCAAUCUGAACCACUUGCAGGCGCAGAUCAUCAGAAGUUGAGCUUUGAUGACAGCAACCAUGAAGCCUCUCCUGCAUCCCAGGCCCUUCAACAGAGUCCAGGACAGUCUAUUGCGCAAGACACCGAAGAGCCGCACGUUCACCAAAAAGAGCCCGGGACAAAGGAUCUCCCCCAACCAGCGUACCCGCUUGCGAAACCCCGGAUCUCGCCCAUGGAAUACGCUCGUAUGUACCUAUUGGAGAAAUCCAAGGCCUUUCGCGAAAACCGACAGUGCGAGCUUCCGAGACCUGACAUGCAGUGGUAUUGGACCCCUGGAUACAAGAAGUUUAUCAUUAUUCCUCGAAUACCCAAGAUAAUUCGACGCGAUCUGGUUUCUGAAGAUGCCUAUUCUGUUCCUAAUUUAGAUGUGCAAGAGUUUAACAAAGGACAAACAUCAAAAACAAUUUCACAAGGAGAGGACCUCAUCGGGCUCAUGCGUCUAUCGCUACACCUCGGGAAGGAUCCUGUUCUCCUUCCUGUUUUCCCGGAAAAUCCAGAUCCCAAGGGGAGUGGUGAUGAAAUUCCUUAUCAAGGAUCCAGUAGAACGACGGAAGCCCCCAAUUCUAUUGACGUGUACCAAGGAAAGAAUCUAUUAAUGCCACACCGAGGACCGGCUGGAGGCAGAGUCGAAGAUUGGCGGCCAAUAGGUGAACAUGAAACGGAAGUAAACGAUGAGGGAUCGGACGCCACGACGCCAGUUGAUGUUGGUAGCAAUGAGAAUACAAUAUCUCAGUCGAAAAGGGCCACAGGAGGAGAUACGCCUGCGCCUAGAACCCAGGCAUCUAACAUUCACGAUGAGCGUCGUAGCCAUAUAAUUGCAGAAGAGCUCGGCGAAUGUUCUUCAGGAUCACGCAAGAGCUUUGAAACAGUAGCCCGGAAAGAGUUUUCAGACCAAGUAGAUGUGAAGGUUGAGGACGAUGCCGAAAACCUCACACUCUCAAGACAACUUUCACGCGUCUGCGCAAAGGAUAUGUCAGUUUUGGAAUUUGCCACGCCAAGAAAAAAGGGUAAGACAAUGGAGCACACUUUAAGCCAGUUGAAUACUAUCUUUGGCCAUAGUCCGCUUGCUCGCUUCCCCAUAGUAGUCGAGCCGACUGACCGAUUGACGCCAGGGACUCUCGCAAAGCGUGUCGUUGACAGUUCUGGUGGCCAGCUCCUCUCUGAGGAUAUUCGGCAAGCUCAGCUGAUCCCAAGUCCCAGCGAUAAGCCCCUUCAGGGGUUGAAGGCAGACUUGUGGGAUAUCGAUGCAGAAUCGAUGUUGUCUGAACUCAAACCAGAGCCGCUGCAGAUUAACCGGCAGAGACCACGCGCGAAUACGGACGAUGAUCGAAGAUGGUCGAGAAUGUUUAAUGAGCUGAAUGCCGAUGUUCCAUCCUCGCUUGGGAUGAUUGGAAUCAAGACCUCACUCGAUCCUCAUAAAUCCAUGGACCAUGAAUUUGCUGUUGCCGAUGAUGAUGACGACGACGACGACAAUACGGUAACGGAAGGUGAUCGUACGCCACGCGCUUCGGGGGCCAUGAUACAGAACGUUGUAAACGCAACCCCAGUGCUCAGAGGUCUUCAGAGGUCCGCUUCGACAAUCAUCACUCCCACACAGCCCAGCAGAAAACUCCAUCACCAAGCUUCAUACAAUUUGGAUAAUGUAGAGCAUUCCGGAUUCACGCCUGAACAUCGCCGGGAAAGUAUCACCCAAGGAACAUUUCCGAGAUCAGGCGUAAUGCUCAAUCUCCACGACACUCAAGCACGUCUCGGAUAUCCCCUUCGGGGCCCCGAGGAAAGCCAGCUCAGUAGAAGCUUGGACGACACAACCCCAAAGGCCAAACAUUUCAACGGUAUGUCUGAAACAGACCGACACAAGCAGAAUUCGGUCAAAGAGUGGGUGAAAUCUAUCGCGAUGACACCGCGAAGACACAAGAUUGUGUCGCAUGCCAGGACCGAAGACAAAAAGGAGACUUAUACAUCAGGCGCUCAGAUAGCCUCGUAUGAUACGUUGGAUCAACAGAAUGCCCAAUCUCUUCUGAUAACCUCUACACGAGAUUUCUCUCAAUCUCAAAAGCUCCAAAAGCAGCGGCUGAAGCCAAGAGAUACUCCUAGCAGCACGCACCCUUUUCCGAAACAAGAGUUUGAUACACAAGGUCGAGCUCAAUCACCAUUUCCUCCUGCAGGAGAGCAAAAUCUUUCUCGUCGCAGAACGCCGUCCCCAACAGAACAACGCACCAUUUCCGUUCCGUGGACGCCUUCUUCAGGAAUCGGUAGCGUUCUCCGCAGGCGGGUGCGUUCUGGUUACAGCACACCGGGAACACCACGAACACCACGAACACCAGGAACACCACGAACACCACGAACACCACGAACACCACGAACACCACGAACACCACGAACACCACGAACACCACGAACACCACGAACACCACGAACACCACGAACACCACGAACACCACGAACACCACGAACACCACGAACACCACGAACACCACGAACACCACGAACACCACGAACACCACGAACACCACGAACACCACGAACACCACGAACACCACGAACACCACGAACACCACGAACACCACGAACACCACGAACACCACGAACACCACGAACACCACGAACACCACGAACACCACGAACACCACGAACACCACGAACACCACGAACACCACGAACACCACGAACACCACGAACACCACGAACACCACGAACACCACGAACACCACGAACACCACGAACACCACGAACACCACGAACACCACGAACACCACGAACACCACGAACACCACGAACACCACGAACACCACGAACACCACGAACACCACGAACACCACGAACACCACGAACACCACGAACACCACGAACACCACGAACACCACGAACACCACGAACACCACGAACACCACGAACACCACGAACACCACGAACACCACGAACACCACGAACACCACGAACACCACGAACACCACGAACACCACGAACACCACGAACACCACGAACACCACGAACACCACGAACACCACGAACACCACGAACACCACGAACACCACGAACACCGGCUUCCCCUCAGUUAGCCUGGCGGCCGUUUGAUAACGACCAGCCCGAACCACCUUGCGUUUCACCUUGGUCUUCGAACAACCAUGAAAUCAAGCGGGACAGGGAGAAGCGAAUAGCUUUCUUCCGUGAAAAGGCAGAACUUGAGUUCGAGGAAAAGCAAUCUCCCAAGAAACCGAGUCGUAAGAGCUCUUUUGGGAGCACUAUUCUUGGAGACCGCACAAAUCGAGAUAAUCCAGCCUUGGAAAAUCGCAUGAGUAAUGAAAGUCUUGUUACCUGGAGGAACUUCAUCCAGGACGCCCCCGAGCCACUCUUUUCGUCUCCCCCGCCACCUGUACCACCACUUCCCACCGAGUCUCAGUUGACCCUUGCCCUCGGCCAACUUCAACAAGCGCAGACACCAUCCAGGGCUGCUGCAAGUGCUGAGACUCUCCCCGUUACUUCUUUCCGGGCUAGGAAGCCUCAAGGACUCAAGGUUGAUACGGACUGGGCGCGUAAAGCAGACCAAGAUGGAGCACGAACACCGAGUCGAAACGCAGGAAUGAAAUCUGUUAGUGGAAGCAGCAGCAGAACUGCACUCCGUUUAGAUGGCAGGUAG